AGGGCGCGGUCUGCCCUGAGGAGCCCGGUCUGACCGAGCCGUGCGGGGCGCGGUCUGCCCUGAGGAGCCCGGCCCGGCGGGGGCGUGGCCGCGCAGCCAUGUCUGAGGGGGCGGCGGGAAUGGCGGCAACGGCGGCACCGGCGCCGAUGGCGGAGACGCGGCUGCGGCGGAAGCAGCUGCUGAGCGCGGAGGAGGCGGAGCUGUUCGAGCUGGCACAGGCGGCGGGCAGCGGGCUGGACCCGGAGGUGUUCCGGGUGCUGCUGGACCUGCUGCGCAUGAACGUGGCGCCGCUCGCCGUGUUCCAGGUGCUGAAGUCGAUGUGCGCCGGGCAGCGGCUCCCCCCCCCCCCCCAGGGCGGCCCCGCCGCGCCAGCGCCCAUGUCCGGCGAGACGCGAGGGAGAAAUAAAAGCAGCUCUGCUGUCAGUGGGCCACAGAUUCUGGCGGAAAGAAGCAGCCGGGAAGGAUCUGCCCAGAGGAUGCCCCGACAGCCGAGUGCCAGCCGCACACAGAAGGCAGGAACCUCUGGGAAGAGCAGCGGGGCUGGCAACAGUACCUAAAGAAGGCCUUGGAACAGAUGGAUUUUGAUGCUUGAUAAUGUAUAUAAAUUGUGCUUGUUAAAGCUG